AUUCUGUCGUCCUAUUCUUUACUUCCCCCCUCUUCAUGGUUUUGAAGUGAUUUUUUGGCUUCUUUAUCACUCUGAAAACACGUGUACUCUCACAACCAAAAUGCUCCCAAUAAUGAGGCUAGAAUCUCUCAACGAUUUCCUUGUCCCGAAGCCCCGGUAAACAAAGCACCGAAAUCACCAUAGCCUUAGAAAUCUAUUUGCUUUGGGAUAUCAAAGUUGGUAAACUUUCACAAAGUCAAUGCACCGACUGUUUUGUUCCUGCUCUGUGGAUCUGAUUAAAGUCUCUCCCAGCUCACUUGCAGUUCGGUUUUGAAUAAUGCUGAAGGAGAGAUUUUGGUCGUCAUUGCUUAGAAAGAACAGGUCGGGAAGCUAUGCACGUAUUCUUUCGAAGAAUUAAAUUGAUCAAUGCCAGGAAAGAACAACCUAUGAACUCAGAGAGGGAUAACAUCCACGCCUUCAAUCUUCAAGUCCUUUUCUUAUUACCCCACUCCGAAAUCCCCCAUCCAGGCUCCUCUCUCUCUCUCUCUCUCUCUCUAAGAUACGUGGUUGAUUAGCUUGUUAAGGAUUAAUAGGGAUGAGAAAAUGGUGAACAAGGAGGUGGGAUGUCAUGCAUGGGACUUGGCCCGUAUUUAUUGUUUAAAAGUUUCAGAAGGAGAAUGAUUUAUUCGUUCUUUUUAGAAAUUGCUUUCAUUUAUUUUUGCCGAACCUUAUUAUUUGUUCCUCUGCUUUUUCAUCAGAACCGAACAAGUAUAUUUUUGUCUCUUACAGACAACAUUGCAACCGGUUGGUUGGAAUAUUCCGGACUAAGUAUUUGAGUAUUCUAUUAGGUAGGUUCUUAAAGUAUUGGCUGCAUUUGACUCUAUCAAUGCAAUUUUUUGGCGCAGAAUAUGCCUCAAGACAGUCUGAGAUUAGCCGUUUAUAGAUCAUUUGUCACAUGUCAUGAUCCAAAAGGAUUUGUAGAUUGUAAAACAAUUAGAAGAUCAAGGAAAAGUUCUCAGGAAAUGGACCACAAGAUCGAAAGCCAAAGAACACCAAAGAACUCAAAUACGUCUAUGGCAUAUAAGGCAGAGAAAGGGGAGGUGCUCUCUAAAGGGUUGAAAGAAGAAGUUCACGGUCCCUCUUCCUUUCAACUCAUGGAGGUCUCCAGAGGAGCUCAGAAGCUAAACCAGAUGAUUGACAUGUGGUCUAAAGGAGUGAAAUUUAAUGGGCAGUCUAAAGUUAUUGCAAAAGACUUGUUGAAAAGUUCUCUUGAUCUGCAGGAGUCCCUAAUCGUGCUAGGAAAGUUGCAAGAAGCUUCAGAUUACAUGGUUCAGUUAAAAAAGAAGCAGAAGUCAGAAAGUAGAAGAAUAGAUGAAGUGGGGAAUGAGAGAACAUAUUCUAGGCAAUAUGAGGAUCAAAAUACAUCCAUAGCAUACAAGGCAGAGGAAGGGGAAAUGCUCUCAAAAGGGUUGACGGAAGAAGUUCAUAAUCCAUCUUCCUUUCAACUGUUGGAGGUCUCCAGAGGCGCUCAGAAGCUGACCCAGAUGAUUGACUCAUGGUCCAAAGGAGUAACAUUUGAUGGGCAUUCCGAAGAUAUUGCAAAAGAUUUGUUGAAUGGAGCUCUUGAUCUGCAGAAGUCUCUAAUCGUGCUAGGAAAGUUGCAGGAAGCUUCAGAUUAUAUGGCCAAGUUAAAAAGGCAGAAUGAGAAGUCAGAAAGGAGAAGAAUUGAUGAAGUGGGGGUUGAGAGAACAUAUUCUAGUCAACUUGAGGAUCACAUUUUCUCAAUGGAACUUCAAAAGCCCCGACUUUCUGUUAAUGGCUGUUCCAGGAAUCACAUUGAGGAGCUUAAGAAAGUGAUUGUUGACAGCCUUGCUAGGCAGAAUCUAUUGCCAAACCCAACCUCUAAAGAAACAGAUUUUCUUCACAAAAGAUGUUUGGACUCAGCUUCAGAAACCCCUUCGAUAAGCUCGAACAAGUCUUUGAUGGUUCAUGCAAGUGAUAUUGAUUCCACUGACUCCUUUCUUUCAUCAACAGACCCACAGAGCAUGACAAAAGCCCCUAAUUUGAUUGCCAAGCUUAUGGGUCUCGAAGAACCCCCUUCAAAAUCAAUGCAGGCCACCCUACAGAAACAUUCAGAGAGUGAAAGAAUUUCAAAUCAGCAAAGGCCUAUGUUUGACAUCGAUAUGCCAAAGGGAAGGAAGCCCCUAUAUACGGCACAGAAUGUGGAUCCAGAGCGGAGGAAUCUGAAGAAAAUACUUGAAACCAUGGAAUAUAAAGGACUUCUGAAGAGCAUUCCUGCCAGGGAUCUUAAGCCUCAUUCCUACCAUUCCAGUUAUUUCAAUUCCAAACAAAGGUUGAUUGAUGAGAUGCCCCCCAUUGUUCUUAUUAAGCCUAUGCGUGUCCCAUGUCAAUUGGAGAAUUACGACACACCAGUGCUUCGGGAAGGUGAAUCUUUGAACACUAAAGAGACUCUCCCAAAACUAAAAGUAAAAGAAGCGCUUCCUUCCAAAACUCACAAAGAAGGGGCUUUGAGUUCAAAGAAAAUACGUUCCAAAAUGGAUGCAGCAGAGACGCCAUUCAAAAUGCAUAACUUACAAGGAGCUAAGGAUCAUAAAGUAGUCAGGAAAACAGAAGAGAAAGAAGUCAAGCCUAAAGAAAAGGCUUCAAAUAAGCUGAAAGCUGCUGGUCCUGCAGCUCACGAACGGCAGAAAAAAGAGUCAAUUGACAAGGCAACUGGUAAGAUUCAAAAAGUUGCUGCUGCCAGCAGGGGACUACUGGGGAUGGAAAAUGUGACAGCUAAAAUUGUCCCAAGAUCUGAAGUUCAUGCCAAGGUGACCUCUAUAAAGCUGAAAAAGCCUGAAAAUGGAUCCAACCUCAUAAACAACCAGGCUCCCAGGCAACCAAGUACUACCAAAAAGACCAUCUCAAGACACGCAACAAAAACUCUCAUUGCUAAUUCCUCUGAUCAGAAAAGGAAUCAGAUGAAGAAGACGAAGCCCGUAAGGGAGCCUAUUGAAGCUAAAUCCAUUAUCGAAAAUUCCAGAUCCAAAGAAGAUGACAAGAUGAUCAAUCUUAAUAGUGAACACUGCUCUCCUCUGAUGAGAACUAACACUGCUCUUGUGGAUAAACUCCCCAUGGAGGAGGAAAAGGAAGUCACUGAAUCCCAUUUUGAAGAGCAUUGCAGUAUUAGCCAGAGUUCUCUUUCUGAAGUCACACCAUCAAGCCCCGAACAUGAAAGGGAUGAUAAAACUACUGCAGUGGAAGUUUACAAUCACAUCUUUCAUGGUAGAACAGAUAUCAAAAGCUCUAUAACUGGAAGUAAUCUUAGAGCGUUGCUCUUGAGCAGUCCAUCAUUCCUCAGUCGAGUGGAGGAGCUUUUUGAUCUCAAUGAGAGUAGUUCUGCAAUUUUACGAAUACCUGACAUCGAUGAUUCGAUAGUAGCCAAUCAUCGACUCUUUUUAGAAUGUGCAAAUGAACUCAUUGAACGCAAAGGCCUUCGAGUGUCACAGGCAGUCCAUCAUUCGUUACUGAUGCGUGUGGGCCAAUUCAGAGCAUGCAUAUCAAUAGACAAGUUAGUGGAGGAAGUUUGUAAUGGUGUUGAAAAUCUGAGAAGCUACAGAAAGCUUACUGGUGGCAGUCUUUCUGUAGACAGUCUUUUUGCAAUAUUGGGAAGAGAUAUAAACUGCAAUGGAGUGGAAAAUGGAAUUUGGGAGUUGGGUUGGGAGCAUGGAAUCUCUGUGGAUUAUGCAGAGCAAGUGGUAAAUGAGAUAGAGACGCUAGUUUUCAGUGGGUUGAUUGAGGAGGUCCUUACAUAGAUUGUAAAUCGGUGUAUUAUAAAUAUUUGUUUGGAUACAUAGGUUUGAGAGGCCAAUCAGCUUUUUGUAUAUACAAUGAUGCAAUGCUAAAUACAAGACAGGAGAGCCGAAACUGUUAACCCUAGUGCCACAAGGCUAUAAUCAUUUCCGAAUGUCUUGUUUGUAAGCAAUCAAAUGAAUAUCUUCUAACAAAUGAACUGUAACUUUGAAUUCUGGCAGUUGAGUGGAUAUAGGGUCUCUGGAUUGUGCAGAUCAUUUUAAUUCAUUCUGUUCUCAGUAAGUACAAAUGUAUUUGAAUUCAGAUUUUCUUCACGUUAGAGGAAUACUUGUCUAGGAAUAUCCCCAGGAUAAAAAAUAAAAAAAUAAAAAAUAAAAAAAAAAAGAAAAGAAAAAGAAAAG